CGAGUUAUUUUCGGAAACACGUGAAUGCUGUUCGUUGCUGUUGAAGAAUGCCCUCUGCCUCUACAAAAACGGAGAUUCCGGUCUCUGCGGAGCCGACAGACCCUUUUAAGCGGGUCCUCAAUGUUGUUGACAAGAAGGUCCGCAACUUGGAAAAAAGAAAGUUGAAACUUGAUGCAUACAAGGAGAAGAAGGACUCGGGUGCAGAGUUGGAGAAAGACCAACAGGUUGCUGUUGACAAGUAUGGAGAGGUUCUCACCAACUUGGAGUUUGCAAGAGACCUUCAAAAGCAGUUUUCCUCCAUCAAUGCUGAUGCUGAGAAGCUGUUGAAGAAGCAGGCAAAGCGUGGCAAGUCAGAGAAGCAGCUUGCCGAGGUUCGGCGAAUAAAAGAGGUCCUCCAGUUACAGGCCCUCUUAGACAGCAUGGGCUCUGACAAUGUACGCCAGGACUUCAAGACUGGCAAACAUGGGGCCAUUGUGUUGACGGAGGAAAACCUGAACCAGAUAGAUGAGCUGUACAAGCUGGUCAGUCCAACAAGAGAUGGGGAAGGCGAUUAUCUCGAGACACUCUCUGAGGCCGCCGACCACAUUGUCUCACUCCUUGAGGCCAAGGACAAACCUGUUGUAGGCUCUACAUACAAGACCUUAAAGGAGCUGCUUGACCUGAUAUCAGGUUGUGGUUACUUUGAGCGUGUGAAGGAGGAGGAGGAAGGGAAGACCAUGGAGCCAACCGGGGACGUGGAGUUUGAGGUAGUGGAGCACAAGGACGUGCCCGCGGCAGACUCUGAGGAGGUACAGGCCUCGCUCCCACCAGAGGUACCUGAGGAACCUGAACCCACUCCAGAACAACCACCAAAGGGAAUGACAACAGCUGAAGCAGAUGCAUUUUUCAACACACCUGUGUCUCAGACAGUUGAACAGCACGAGGCGGACCUAGCAGCAGCAGCAGCAUUCUCACAGCAGCAGCGACGCCCAUUCCAGGAAAUCGUCUCAUCCGUUCAGGGAAACUUUAACUUCCUACAGGAAUCAACAAUCGAAAUGGAAACAAAGAGAGAAUUCUCCCCCCACAUGGACCCAGCUGUGGUUGCAGCUCAUCCAAUGCCCCCUUCGCAGCCUCCCAUGGUCCGACCCCUGGCCACACAGACCACGGAAUCCACAAACCGUCCAUCAUCCGGCUUUGGAGCCUCUUUCCCAGAACAACAAUCCGUCAACACAGCGGUUACAACAGUGUCACAUGGAGCAAAAGCUGAAUCAAGUGUUUUCACUCAAGCUAACCAGCAACAAUCACAGGACUUUUCUAACUCUGGGUUCACUCAGAGUAAUGUUUCUCACUUACAAUCGGACAUUUCUUUUCCUGCCGGCAGUGAGUCAGGGUUUGGUAAAGGAUCAGUUGAAAGUGCUCCCAUUUCCCACACACAGUAUGAUAUUCCACCACAGUUACCUAUGCCACCAGGACAUGACCAGUCAAACUCUCAGGAUAGCCAAGGAGGCUCAGAGCUUGACAAGAAAGCAGGGUUCCAAAUGAAUCCCAAUGCUACUGAAUUCCAAUGGAACAGCCAGGGAGAGGAACAAUCGAAAUCAUCCGAUGACAACUUCCAGGGUGGCACCUUCACCAACUCUGGGUUUAACUCACGGGAUCAGCGUGGAGGGAGUGGUCGUGGUGGGUUCCGCGGAGGGCGAGGUGGAAACCGGGACUCCCGGGGAGGAGGAAACAUGAGCAAUGGAUACAAUCGCAGUGGUCGUGGGGGAAACUACAAUCGGGGUUACCAACAGAGGUCUGAUUACCGGUCUAACGAUGGUUACCAAGGAUACAACGGAAACAAUUACAGUAACUCCGGGGGGUUCCAGAAGCGUGGGGGAGAAGGAAGUAGAGGGGCUCCUCGUGGAGACGGAAAUAGAGGAGGACAGCGCGGAGGGUUUAGUCGAGGAGGCGGAGGGCCACGUGGUGGACCUAGUGGACCAGGGGGACCACAGGGUGCCAACCAGCCCAACCCAAGGGGAUUUGGGCGGCCUAAUUUCAACAACUAACACCAGCAACACAACACUUGUACCAUACAAACACACACCAAUUACCAGCGGAUAUGCAGUCUUAAACACUGCUAACAAUUUACGUUAUCUUGGGUUGUUAAUUAGUAAGCGUUUUUGUUUGCUUAUGUGGGAAUCAAAUCUUGUUUGAAAUCGUGUAAUUACACAGUAUUGGUUUAGUUUUUGUAAAUCAAUUAUUUUUUUCUUGGAUGUAGUAGUUAUAUUUGAUCAUGUGCUAUUAAAGUUAAACUUACUGCAAACGGAAAAAUUAACAUUUAUGGACCCUUAAUACCCAUGCAGUUGUGAUUUUGAGUAGCUUUUUAUACAGGUUAUGUUUGUUACAAACUUGCAAGUGAACUAAAUGAACAAGUAUUCUGACUUUUUGGUAAAGAAUCUGCUGCUGUACCCAAAUAAUCACAAGCUGGAUUUAUACAGCAGAUUUCUUACUGAGGUCACUCUACCAGACAAUUCACUGAUGAGCCAAGGGUCGCAUUUGAAAAAUGUGCAUUCUUGGCUAUAUUUUGUAGAUGUGAAGAGCAUUUUCAGCAGCAAUUAUCAGGCAGAACAGUACAUUAUAGGCAGUGUCCGUCACCAGACUCUGGGCAGGGCUGGGCAGACUUACUGUGUUCCAUCUCAUCUUUUUUUCAUGUCAUUUUCGUACAUUUUGAUACAUUUGUACUCGGUGAAUUCUCUGGUAUCAUAUGUUUUGCUCAUCACAUUAUGUAUUAUUGUUACAACAAUGUGUUCUUAAGCGAUGCUUGUAAGGAAAAUAAUGUUGGUGAUUAUUUUUCUGAUGAGUUACAUUUAUGAGACUCGAGAGCAAUCGAUGCUAAAUUCCAACACAUAAUAAAUAUUGUGAUGGCAACUGA